CGGGAGGAGAAGGAGGAGGCGAAGGAAGAGAACCCAGUCCCUGCGCCAGGUCCUUCAGCCAGAGCUUUUUCCAUGUGGAGGCUCUUUCAAUGGACGUGUCCCCGCGUGCUUCUUAGAAGGUCUGCGGUCUCCUAAAGGUCGACCAUGGUGGCCGGGACCCGCUGUCUUCUAGCGUUGCUGCUUCCCCAGGUCCUCCUGGGCGUUGCGGCCGGCCUCAUUCCCGAGCUGGGCCGGAGGAAGUUCGCGGUGUCUGCUGGCCGGUCUUCAUCCCAGCCCUCGGACGACGUCCUGAGUGAGUUCGAGUUGCGGCUGCUUAGCAUGUUCGGCCUGAAGCAGAGACCCACCCCCAGCAGGGGUGCCGUGGUGCCCCCCUACAUGCUGGACCUGUACCGCCGGCACUCGGGCCAGCCUGGCGCGCCCGCCCCGGACCACCGGCUGGAGAGGGCAGCCAGCCUCGCCAACACCGUGCGCAGCUUCCACCACGAAGAAUCUUUGGAAGAAUUGCCAGAAAUGAGUGGAAAAACAACCCGUAGAUUCUUCUUUAAUUUAACUUCUAUCCCCACUGAGGAGUUUAUCACCUCAGCAGAACUUCAGGUCUUUCGGGAACAGAUGCAGGAAACUUUGGAAAACAAUAGCAGUUUCCAUCACCGAAUUAAUAUUUAUGAAAUUAUAAAACCUGCCACAGCCAACUCUAAGUUCCCCGUGACCAGACUUCUGGACACCAGGUUGGUGACUCAGAAUGCCAGCAGGUGGGAGAGCUUUGAUGUCACCCCUGCUGUGAUGAGGUGGACAGCUCAGGGGCUCGCCAACCACGGGUUUGUGGUGGAGGUGGCCCACCCAGAGGACAGCCACGGGGUCUCCAAGAGGCACGUGCGGAUUAGCAGGUCUUUGCACCAAGACGAGCACAGCUGGUCACAGAGAAGGCCCUUGCUGGUCACUUUUGGCCACGAUGGGAAAGGACACCCUCUCCACCAAAGAGAAAAGCGUCAGGCGAAACACAAACAGCGGAAACGCCUCAAGUCCAGUUGUAAGAGACACCCUUUGUACGUGGACUUCAGUGACGUGGGGUGGAAUGACUGGAUCGUCGCCCCCCCAGGGUAUCAUGCCUUUUACUGCCAUGGGGAGUGCCCUUUCCCCCUGGCCGAUCACCUGAACUCCACGAACCACGCCAUCGUCCAGACGCUGGUCAACUCAGUUAACUCUAAGAUUCCCAAGGCGUGCUGUGUCCCAACGGAACUCAGUGCCAUCUCCAUGCUGUACCUUGACGAGAAUGAAAAGGUGGUAUUAAAGAACUAUCAGGACAUGGUUGUCGAGGGUUGUGGGUGUCGUUAGCACAGCAAAAUAAAAUAAAAUAAAUAAAUAUAUAUAUAUAUUUUAGAAAAAAGCAAAAAAAAAAUCAAGUUGACACUUUAAUAUUUCCCAAUGAAGACUUUAUUUAUGGAAUGGAAUGGAGAAAAAAAAACAGCUAUUUUGAAAAUAUAUUUAUAUCUACGAAAAGAAGUUGGGAAAACAAAUAUUUUAAUCAGAGAAUUAUUCCUUAAAGAUUUUUAAAUGUAUUUAGUUGUACAUUUUAUAUGGGUUCAACCCCAGCACAUGAAGUAUAAUGGUCAGAUUUAUUUUGUAUUUAUUUACUAUUAUAACCACUUUUUAGGAAAGAUAGCUAAUUUGUAUUUAUAUGUAAUCAAAAGAAGUAUUGGGUUUGUACAUAAUUUUCCAAAAAUUGUAGUUGUUUUCAGUUGUGUGUAUUUAAGAUGAAAAGUCUACAUGGAAGGUUACUCUGGCAAAGUGCUUAGCACAUUUGCUUUUUUUUUGCAGUGCUACUGUUAAGGUCACAAGUUCAUGUCCAGAAAAAAAAAAAAAAAAAGUGGAUAAUCCGCUCUGCUGACUUUCAAGAUUAUUAUAUUAUUCAAUUCUCAGGAAUGUUGCAGAGUGGUUGUCCAGCCCAUGAGAACUUACGUCCUUAUUAGGUGGAAUAUUUGGAUAAGAACCAGACAUUGCUGAUCUAAUAUAGAAACCCCCCACCCCUUAGUUUGCAGAAAGAGUAAAGCAGGACCAAUAGAAAUAAUUAAGAAAAUGAUGAACCUGCUGGAAAGUGAAUGAUGGUUUGUUGUUCUUCUUUCCUAAACUAGUGACCCCUUCAAAGGGGCUGGUCUGGCCAAAGUAUUAAAUAAAACAUAAGAUUUCUUCAUUAUUGAUAUUGUGGUCAUGUAUAUUUAAAAUUGAUAUCUAGUGGCCCUCAUGAAGAGUUGAAAAUUGAUUUGUAUUUUACUUUUACCUCACCUGAGAGCUCUUUAUGCUCAAAAGGACUCAGUUUUCUAACUUUGCCCCUCCACAGCAAAAUUGUUUUCUGCCUACCCCUGUUCUCUGUUCCAUCAGCUUGCUUUUCUUUCCAAGGUUAUGUGUUUGAACACAUUUCUCCAAAUGUUAAACCUAUUUCAGAUAAUAAAUAUCAAAGCUCU